CUGGCUCCCUACCUGUGCCCCGGUAUAAUGGACUCGAUGAGGAUAUGGGUUUUAGCUGAUAUCCCUAUCCGGCUCAUUUGGAUCCUCCUCUUCGUUUUCAUCGUCAACAAAAAGAUCACGACCAAGCAGUGUGUAGUGAGAAAGUCGGAGGAGAAAUGAGAAAAACCCUCUGAAGCAAAAAUGGGUGUCAUUGUUCAGUCAGGAAUUCAUUCGGCUUCUUCUUCUAUUCGAUUUUUCCUCCAAACCCAUGAAAAGCGGCACCAACCCCACACAUCUGGAUAUACAAAUCUUCAGGUUUCUUCUACUACUCUUCCUAAAUUAAGCUCUUCUAAACUCUCCACUGCACCCAAAGUGUUUGAAGCAAUUCCUGACAUAGAAAAUAUUAACAGUACAUAUGCUUGGAACAAUCUCAUCAAAACCCAUUUGGGCCAUCACCAUUAUGUUUUAUUCAUUUACCAGAACAUGUUACUCCGUGGUUUCCGUCCUGAUAAACAUACACUCCCUCGAAUUUUGACUGCUUCGCGUAAUUUCGAUACGUUAUGUUCAGGGAAACAAAUUCAUGCUCAUGCUCUCAAGUUUGGAUUUGGUUCAGACAAGUAUGUCAUUACUGCACUUAUGGAAAUGUAUGGCUUUUUCGAAGGUGCUGAUUCCGCUAGGCGGGUUUUCGAUCAAUUCGCUUCUCAGAAGAAUUCGGUUUCAUGGACAUUGAUGGCUCGGUUAUACUCAAGGGAAGAUAAACCUGGUUUGGCAAUAGAAACGUUUCAUCAGAUGGUGACAUUGGGUGCUAGUGGUGAAGAGAGGGAUCUAAGUGUUAUUGAUGCUGUUGCUUUGUCCACCGUUCUUGUUGCGUGUGGGCGACUAAAGGCGCUUCAAGAAGGGAAAAAGAUACAUGAGAUUGCCAGAAAGAGUGAGUUGGAGUCAGACGUUUUGGUUAGUAACUCUCUGUUAAAAAUGUAUUUAGAUUGUGGCAGUAUCAAAGAUGCCAGAUUGGUUUUUGAUCGUAUGCAAGAGAAAGAUAUCAUUUCGUGGACGGCUAUUCUUAGGGGGUAUGUAAAGAAUGGAGGCUUCAAUGAAGGAUUAAAAUUGUUUCGCUUGAUGAAUUCGGAAGGGAUUAAACCUGAUUCGUUGACGGUAUCUAGUGUUUUGCCUGCUUGUUCCCGACUUUCUGCUCAGAAGCAUGGAAGAGAAAUUCAUGCGUACUCGCUUAGAAACCAUGUUGACUCUAAUAUAGUAGUUCAAAAUGCUUUAAUUGAUAUGUACAUGAAAUCUGGAUGUACAGAGUCAGCUUCAAAGAUUUUCGACGGGAUGAGCGAGAAAGACACAAUCUCAUGGACUAUAAUGAUAUUAGGUUAUAGUUUGCAUGGACAGGGAAAGGUUGGAGUCGAUUUGUUUGAGAAAAUGAAGAACAUGGGAACAGUUGAGCUCGAUGAUACAGCAUAUGUUGCUGUUUUAUGUGCUUGUAAUGCGGCUAGGAUGGUCGAAGAAGGACUGUAUUAUUUCAAGUUUAUAAGGAAACCCAAGAUCGAGCACUACGCUAUAGUGGUUAGUCUUUUGUCUCGUUCUGGACUCUUUGACAAAGCCAGGAAUUUUAUAGAUGAGCAUCAGAUUGAAUGGCACAAAGAGGUUCAAAGAGAGUUGCUUGCUGGAUGCAGAAUACACAAGAACACAAAGAUGGCUAAACGAGUUAUUGAGCGUCUCACUGAGCUCGAACCCCUGAAUGCUGAGAACUAUGUUUUACUCAUGAACAUGUAUGCUUCAAAUUCAAAAUGGGAUGAUGUGAAGAAUGUGAGAGAAAUGAUAAGAGACAUGGCCUUGAGGCCAAAGAGAGCUUAUAGCUGGAUUGAAAGUCAUAACAAACUUCAUGUGUUUGGAGUAGGGGACGUUUCACACCCGAGAUCUGAAAGGAUAUACUACGAAUUACAUAGGUUGAUGGAGAAGAUGAAAGAGGAAGAGAGGUUUGUACCUGAUAAAGAUUUCAGUAUGCAUGAUGUUGAUGAGGAGAGAGAAUGUAUCUCUAUAGGUCACAGUGAGAUGUUGGCCAUUUCAUUUGGGUUGAUCAGUACAAAGCCGGGUACCACGCUUCACAUCACUAAGAGCCUUAGAGUGUGCUGCAGUUGUCACAGUUCUGCAAAGAUCAUAUCCAAAAUAGUUGGGCGAGAGAUCAUAUUGAAGGAUCCAGAUCGUUUUCACCAUUUCAAAGAUGGAAUGUGCUCGUGCGAGGACUUUUGGUGAUACGGUGUUAGGUACUUUGAAUAGCAAAAUCUUAAAUGAUGCAGAUAUUUAAGGGCUGCAUCACUUGUCAAAGUAAGCAGCCUUCUGUUCACUCUUGAAAGGGGAUUGAAGCAUUUGUAGGAUAGUGUUUGCAGGACAUUUUCUGGGUUAAAUGGAAGCGAAUACCACAUAUCCUGAGAAAAUAGGGUUAAAAAGCAUCCAUUAGACUCUCUCUCAGCUUCGCUAUCCAAUAACAGGUAGCUAAAUGCCUAUAGCUGGCACAGCCUGAGAAAAGAUGUGUGGUAGUGUUAGAUGAUUAAGAUACAAUAUGCUGUUUUUUUGUCAAAAGACUGAAGUCUUUAGAAAAACAAAUAAAAAUUCCUGGCUGAUCUUUGAUUUAAAAGAUACACCUGUUUGGAGAGAAUUAAGUUUUAUGUUUUCUUUGUUUUCA